AUGAGCGCGGAACAAGGCUCUCCGGAGCCGACUCAAGAUCAGCCGGAACGAGUCGCAAUUGGCAUCUCUUUCGGCAACAGCAACAGCAGCAUCGCCUACACCACCGCAAUUGAAGGAAAAGCAGAAGUCAUCGCCAACGAAGAAGGUGACCGUCAGAUUCCCUCCACGCUGUCGUACGUCAACGGCGAAGAAUUCUCCGGCACUCAGGCGAAGGCCCAAAUUGUUCGCAACCCCAGAGACACCAUCACUUCCUUCCGAGACUUUCUCGGCAAGACAUUCGAACAGAUCGACCCGAGUCCUUGCCAUGCAAGCGCACAUCCUGUGUCGGUGAACGGUGGUGCGGGUUUCGUGGUGCAGGACCAUACCGAGGUCAAACAACCCGAAAAGAGCACGCUCAGUGUUUCAGAGGUCACAACGAGACAUCUUCGAAGACUCAAGCAGUCCGCCACGGACUACUUGGGAAAGAAUGUGACGGCUGCAGUCGUUACAGUGCCCUCGGAUUUCAGCGACGAGCAAAAGACGGCGCUGUCAGCUUCAGCACAGAAGGCCGGAAUCGAAGUCCUCCAAUUCAUCCCCGAGCCCAUCGCCGCGCUUCUCGCACACGAUGCAAAGGCACAGAUUGCCGCCGAGGGCGGUCCUGCUUCUGAACAUCAAGACAAGAUCGUCCUGGUGGCAGACUUUGGUGGCACUCGAUCAGAUGUUGCCGUGGUGGCGAGUCGAGGAGGGAUGUACACCACGCUUGCAACAUCACACGAUUACAGACUCGGCGGCUCAAGCCUCGACAAAGUUCUGGUGGAGUACGCAGCCAAGGAGUUCCUGAAGAAGCACAAGACGGCCAAAGAUCCUCGCGAAACCGAGCGCAGUCUCUCAAAACUGACCUUGGACGCCGAGAGCGUGAAGAAAGCGUUGUCCAUCGGCGGAAGUGCGUCAUUCAGUGUGGAAAGCUUGAUUGACGGGCUUGAUUUCAACCUCACGGUCAACCGGACUCGCUACGAGCUUCUCAGCAACAAGAUCUUCAUGGCUUUCACCCGCCUCGUGGAGUCUGCAGUGCAAAAGGCAGACCUGGACAUCCUCGACAUUGACACCAUCCUCCUCUCAGGAGGCACAUCACACACCCCCAAGAUUGCAUCGAAUCUCCAGUCCCACUUCCCGGAAAGCACCAUCAUCAUCUCGCCGUCCACAUCAAGCUCCGCGAUCAACCCAAGCGAACUCUCGGCGCGGGGUGCAGCGAUCCAAGCCAGUUUGAUCUCCGAGUUCGAGAAGGAGCAGAUCGAGGAGAGCACUGAGGCGGUUGUGACGGUUACGCCCCAUCUCCACAACGCUAUUGGUCUGGUCGUGGCCGGUGGAGCAGCCGGUAAAGAGGAGUUCAGCGUGCUUGUGGAGCCCGAGACGCCCGUGCCUGUACGGCGGACGGCUCAACUCACCGUGAAGGAUGGUGGCGAUGUUAUUAUCAAGCUGGCCGAGGGUGGGCGCUCGAUCGUCGUGUCGGCGGCAGAGAAGGCAACCACGAACGGUGCCGCCGACUCAGAUGACGAAGACGAUGAUUCCGACGACGAACCGGAAGAGAACCGGUCCAAGGUCUGGGCUACGCAGAAGGUGAUUGCGGAGGCGGGACUUCGGGGAGUCAAGAAGGGAGGCAAGAUCGAGGUGCAAGUCAAUGUCGCCGCCGAUCUAAGCUUGACGAUGGUCUGCAGGGAGGUCGGAGGCAAGGGUGGUGUCAGGGGUGUCGUUCAGGCCGCGAGGGUGGAGCUGAAUGGCAACGCGGCAUAG